AUGAAUUCAAAUUUGAUUAAAUCAUCAAUUGAAAAUGUUUCAUUAUGUGUUUAUAUUGGAAAUACAUGUUCAUUUGAUGAUGAAAUUCUAAUAAAUUAUUGUUCACAAUAUGGUGAAAUAAAAUCAUGUUCAAUUGAUAAAUGUCCAUAUGAAAAACGAUUAUUUUGUGAUUAUCGUAUUAUUGAAUUUGCUAAAAAACAACAAUUAGAAUAUUUUCUUAAUAAAUCUUUACAUGAAAUUGAUUCAAUAAAACUUGAUAUUAAAUUAUAUAAAAAUCUGUUAGAUAAUAAUGAUAUAUUAAAUAUUGAUCGUAAAAUUUUUAUUGGACCAAUAUUUAAUUCUAAUGAUAUUAAUUUAAUUGUAGAAUUUUAUAAAAUAAUUGAUCCAAGAUUAGAAUAUAAUAUAUCAAAACAAGAUAAACAAAUAUAUAUUUUAUUUGAAUUUAGUAAUCGAGAAUAUGUUCGUACAAUAAUUCAACAAAAAACAAUAUUAAAAACAAUUGAUAAUCAAAUAUUUACAAUUCAUAAAGCUAUUAAUCCAAUAGAAUUUAUUAAAAAAAAAAUUUCAGUAACAAAUAGUCAAUAUCAAAUUUGUAUUAAUGGAUUAAAUGAUAAAAUAACGGAAACAAUGUUAAUUGAUUAUUUUGAUAAACGAGCAUCAGUUGUUGCUUGUCAUAUUCUUUCAAUUGAUCGAAAACGUGCAAUUAUUGAAUUUGAAAAUGAAAAAUUUGUUCAAAAAUUUCUUGAUAUGCGUUUUAUUAAUUUCAAUGGAAUAAAUCUUUCUUUAAAUAAAGUAUCAAAUAAUCUUACAUCACUCUUACCAUCUAAUACUACAAUCGAUAAUCAACAACAAUAUAAUAAUGAUCAUCCAGAUUAUUUACAUGAAACAACUCGAUCGAAUAUUAUUACAUCGGAUUUAACUCAUCCUUCUCCUAUUAGACAAAAUCAAACAAUUUUAUCUGAUUUAUCAACAGUUCAACAAGUCAAUAGUUAUCAACAACAACAACAACAAUCAAUCUCAACUUUUAAUUGUCAACCAUCUCCUUUAGUAACAGAACCAAUAUCUGAUUCUUCACCAGAUAUUAAUGAAUGUGGAUGGUCAUCACCACCUCGAAAUGUAAUUAAUCAUUGUCUUCCAAUAAAUCAGUCAGUUGAACAUGUAUCAUCAAAUCCAUGUCUUAGAACAAUGAAUAUAAAUAUUGAUCAAGAAAAUCAAACAAGAAUUAUUGAAACAGAUACAAAAUUAAUUAAAAAUGAUAUAUUAAAAUUUAUUGAACAAUUUCAAAAUGAAAUUGAUCAAAUAAAAGAUGAAUAUAUGAUAAAAUAUACAAAAGAUCGAACAAAUAUUGAACAUGAAAUGAAUCGAUUAAUAAAUGAUCAACGAAUAACAUUUAAUAAAGUAAAACGAUAUUUAUAUGAUAAUCGACGACGUUCAAACAAAUCACAUGAUUAUCAACGAAAACAUAUUUGA